AUGGCCUCGAGCGAUCAAACCACAGGACCUAUGCCGCCCGGCGACGGCUCUGUGCCGCCCGGAAAGCCCAUGACGGUGGGCCAGCAUAUUCUGGACAAGGGGGCCCAAAUGCUGCAGACCCUUAAGCCCAUCAAGAACAUGAGCCAGCACGUUUGUACCUUUGCGGUUUAUAGCCACGACAUGACCCGACAAAUAGAGACCCACCACUACGUGACCCGACUGAGCCAGGACUUCCUCCAGUGCGCCGUUUAUGAUUCCGAUGAGUCCACCGGUCGCCUCGUAGGCGUGGAGUAUAUUGUUUCGGACCGGAUUUUCGACACCCUUCCGCCUGAGGAACAGAAGCUUUGGCACUCUCACGGUUACGAGAUCACAUCAGGCUUGUGGGUGCACCCUCGAAUACCAGAGAUGGUUCAAAAGUCGGAACUCCAUGACUUAGCCAGGACGUAUGGCAAAUUUUGGUGCACUUGGCAAGUUGAUAGAGGUGAUAGAGUGCCCUUGGGUGCACCGGCGCUAAUGGUGUCACCACAAGGAGUGAACAUGGGCUCGAUUGAUCGGGAGCUUAUUACAAAGAGGGACAACAAGUACAAAAUGUCGACUGACGAGCUUAUGAGAAAGAGGGUGGAUAUUGCGGUUCCUGAGGCCUCAGUUGUGUCUAAUUAUGCCGAUUAUUGGAUGAAAACGGGCAAAGGGUUCGCCAUUGAUGUCGAGCAAACACAGAUGAAAUCUUUGGCUCCAUUUCCAUGA